AAAUACGAUAUUUUGUGCUUUAAAACGAUCUAACGAUGCCUGAUUUAGCUGUUUAAGCAAGCCCAAGAAGUAAACUCUUUGGUGAUAUAAGUAUCUUUUCAGAGGAACCCACAAAAUGCAGUUGUUUGUUCGUGCUCAACACACUCACACCCUUGAGGUGACUGGCAAUGAAACCAUCGCUGAUGUAAAGGCCCAGAUCACCGAGAUUGAAGGUCUGCCUGCUGAUGACCAGGUAGUGACCCUGGCUGGAGCCCCCCUGGAGGAUGCUAGCACACUACUGGCCUGUGGACUCACUGACCUGUCCACUCUUAAUGUGGAGGUCAGAAUGUUGGGAGGUAAAGUGCAUGGCUCUUUGGCUCGUGCUGGAAAAGUGAAGGGACAAACACCCAAGGUUGAGAAACAAGAGAAGAAGAAAAAGAAGACUGGCCGUGCCAAGCGUCGUCUACAGUACAACAGGCGCUUUGUGAAUGUGGUAGCCACUUUUGGCAGAAGGAGAGGACCCAACUCCUCCCAAUCAUAAAUUAACUGUUAUUUGUGUACAGAAGAAAUGGUUGCUGUAUAAAGACAGAUUUCACAAGCAAAACAAUCUAUAGAAUAAUAAAACCAUUUUGAAUCAAA